CUCAUUCUUAUCCUCUCUCUGUCCACAACGCACAUACACACGCAGCUACGCCAUGGCCGAAGCAGUAACCGAAGUCCCCCAAACCAUCACAGAGCCAAAGACAGACAACCCAGCUACUCAAGACAUGGAACUCGAGACCCUUAGCCCAUCCGACUCACCCCAAGCAGACUCAGAACCGGCCGUGAAUGGCGAGUCGAACUCAAUGCGAGAGAGAGAGGAAGAAGGAGAAGAAGAAGAGAAUAAUGGUGAAUCGAAGAAGCAGAAGAUCGAGAAGUCCGUGGAAGAGCAAAGGCUCGAGAGCUUGGAAGGUAGCGAAGGUGUUGAUGGAGAGGAAAAAGGGUCGGAUCUUGUCAGCGUGGGUCCGAAGAGAUUCGGAUCUUCCGUGGAGAUGUUUGAUUAUUUCUACAAGUUUCUCCAUUACUGGUCUCCCAAUCUCAAUGUGAACAAGUAUGAGUACACGGUGUUGCUGGAGUUGAUCAAGAAGGGUCAUCUGGAAGCUGACAAAAAGAUUGGUGAAGGGAUUCAUGCCUUCCAAGUCAGAUACCAUCCUCAAUUUAAAAGUCGCUGCUUCUUUCUCAUAAGGAAUGAUAAAUCUGUUGAUGAUUUUAGCUUUCGAAAGUGUGUUGAACACAUACUUCCCUUGCCAGAAAAUAUGCAACUAAAAGCCGAUGUCAAUAAGGUAUUAGGUGGGCGUAGAGGUGGAGGUGGGUGUGGACGGGGAAGAGGAGGAAAGUGGAGAAACUAAGGCAUUGGUAUUUGUUUACCUGCAGUGGAGUUGUAUUUAGAAUUGCAACAUUUAUAUUGAAGAAGCAUCUGUACCUUGUUUUUUUGUUAAUUUGUUUUGGAUUCUACGUAUUUAGCCAAGCUGUUCUGCCAUUCAAAUUUGGACUAUUACUGGUUGGUGGUUCAUGUUGGUAAUUAAAUGAAGUUUUCAUGUACGUUCAAACCAUCAGCUAUUUUUAUGAUCUGAUCAAAAAA